AUGAAGACGCAGAAGCGGCAGCAGCAGCAGCAACACGCGGGAAUCGGGCUGAUCACCCCACGAGUCAAAAGAGCAAACGAAGAAAAGCUUUUGUCCAACAAUAAUGCGCUGCUUUGUGUUCAGUCCACCAGUGAGCAGCACUGUAGAGAAACUUGGCAACAGCUUGGAAACAGCUGUGUGCUGCAGAGAAGACUGCGUAACAUUGAUCUUUGUGUCAGUGCUAGUCCGUGCUCGAUAGGAAGGACCUGCUUUGCCUGAACGCUUGAGGUAGAGCAGUGUUAUUCCGUCGGCCGGUGUAGACGGACAGUAUUGUUAAAAGGAGUAAAGAUAAUUUGUGUUUGCCGAAUUCGCCUGGUGUAAAUCUGUUUUUACAUUGUGCCUGUCGGCAUGUGCUCUGAAUGAAAGGACAGUUUUUGACAGACAUGUUUUGCGGAUAAAUUGACAGUCGGGAAAAUACCGCUUGACGUGUAGAACUCUCUAAGCUUACGUAUUUGAAAAUGUUUAUACACGAGUAAUCGUGUUUGGUAAAUUUACGUUGAAAGUUUCUUAGCAAAUCUUCGUGAUGUACAGUAUGAAUGCAAUAGGAAAGUUCAUUAGCAACUUUCGGGAUUUUUAUAAUGAAAUAAAUGCUGCAACACUGACAGGUGCUAUUGAUGUGAUUGUGGUUGAGCAGCCGGAUGGAUCUUACACAUGCUCACCGUUUCACGUUCGCUUCGGCAAAUUGGGCGUUUUGCGAAGCCGCGAGAAAGUGGUUGAUAUUGAAAUCAAUGGUGAGCAGUUGGAUAUACAUAUGAAAUUGGGGGAUUCAGGGGAGGCAUUUUUUGUUGAAGAAGUUGAUGCUGACGAGUUGGGUGAAGAUGGCUUUAUACCACCUCACCUUGCUUGCUCACCAAUUCCCCAAGAUGACCCUGGAUCGUUUGCCAUAGAGUGUGCAAAAUUGGAAGAGGUUCUAGUCACAGAUAAUCUGAGAACUGAAGCUCGUUCCAUUGAGCCUGAUUAUGGUUCCCUCUCAGAAGUACGGGUAGCUAGUCUAGAUGACAGCCUUAGGGAAACUGAUGAACAAGUUGUUCCCAAUCAAGAUAAUUUAGCUGUUAACAAUCAGUCAAAAGAGACAGCAGUGGGAUCAGGAGACUCUCCUGCACAUCAGUCGCUACCAAAGACAUUUUGUGCGGAGACAGUAGAUGAUGAUGCUAAAUUGAAUGAUAAGGUUCGUAAAAUCAGUAUUGUGAAUGGAGAAUUUCGUCCUAUAUCAUUAGAUACUGAUGCAACAAACUCUGAAGUUGCUCAACAAACCGAUGACAAUGGCACAGUUGAGGCAAAUGAUGAAGAAGAGUUGUUAAGGAAAGACUCAUUCAAAGACAAUACUUCGGUGGAAGGGUUGCUGAAAAGAACUUCUAGCAGUGCUAAGAGGAAGAAGCGCAGGAAGUCUUUGAUGAAAAGGAAAGCUGGUGCCAAGAAAGGAAAUGGGGGUUCAUCCAGUCAGACUGAACAAUCUGAAUUUUCAGAAGGUAGUAAAGAUGCACAGAAAGAUGUUACUUCAUCUGAAAACGCUGAAGAAUCAGAUGCAGUAUUAAUACCCAAUGACAAAGAGCAAAGAAGUUCUGAACUGCUUCAGAGUUCUGUUGUCACAGUUACGACUAUGGAAGUUAGCACAGUUGUGAAUAAACAUAUUACCAGCAGUGCUGAAAAUCUUGUGGAAUUGUCAAGAAUACAGCAUGCAUCUACAGAGACAGACUUUCAUUUCUUUAGUGACACUGAAGUUACACCAGGAUGCACUCGAAUCAGUGACAGUCGCAGGUACCCCACUGCUCUUUGUGACACAGCGUUUGAAGUGAUAACUGCAUCUCGUUUCCCCCCUGCCUCAAGACCCUGCUCACCAGUGCAGUCAGACACAGAAUUUGAAAUGAACCGUCAGUCAAAGGCUGUUGGAACUGAAGAUGAAGAUGACACAAAAGUAAUUCAUGGACAGAUGCAACAGUCCUGGCGAUGGGGUGAACUUCCUUCUCCUCCCCCUCGCUCUAUUAUUUCCACUCAGACCAAUAGGUCAACAUCUAUGAAAGAGACUGCUGAACAAGAACCAAUCUCUUCAAGCGAUGAAGAAAUGAACAAGAAAAAAACUGAAGCUGCGGUGGCGGCAGCGGCAGCGGCUGAGGCUGCAGCUCAACGCUCUAUGCUCAGUGGGAUGUUCAGCUUUAUGAAAAAGACUAAGAGAAUUCGCCAUAACCCCGAAUCUGAAGGAAUCUAUCUUUCCGACUUGAAUGCUGAGGAACUGGAUCCAGAAGUAGCUGCUCUGUAUUUUCCUACAUCUUAUCGUCAAGGACACAGUUCUGUUAUGCAGCAUGGGACAGAAACAUCUGGUAGAUCAAGAGAUGAAGAUGAUGCUGAAUCAGGAAAUGGAACUUCGCUUCCACAAUCUCCUCACAGUGUCGAAGGAGCUAUUGGAGGGCCAAAGUCUGUUGAUAGUGACUUUGAGGAACCAAAGCAUACAAUUUUUGAAAUGAAGUCAUAUGGAGAAAUAUCAUUAUCUUUAUGUGGUGGUUUGGGAGAAUCAUGCGGACCAAGUGAGGACCACUUUCUUCAAAGUCUAGUCACCUACAAUGAUUUCAUUCAAGAUCCAAAAAUUAUAGAAAAUCCCAACUUGGUUGUACGACUUAAUGGGAAAUAUUACAAUUGGCGUACAGCAUGCCCGUUAGUGAUGUCUCUGGUGGUGUUUCAGAAACCACUACCUCAGCAAGUAGUUGACACCCUCUACAAUGAAUAUAUGCCAUUGAAAAAGGGCCAAAAGAAGGAUGUAAAACAAUCUUCUUAUUCAUCUUGGUUCUAUUGGCGUAGAACUAGUGAACCAAAAAAAGUUGCAGGGCAAGAUGAUCUAUCAUCUCCAGAGUCUGAGAAAAUUUUGGAAAUUAAGGAAACUCCAGAAACAACCCCAGAAGAAAAAACGCCUACGCCUAUUUUAGAAACUAAACCUCCUUUGAGGUCACUAGGAAGCAUUGAAGUUGAAAUUGAACGUGCAAAAGAAUUUGAUAAACAGUCAGAUGAACUGAAAACUGAUGAAAUAAUUGAAACUGAAAUUGGCACACAAACUAGUUUCCCAAGAACAUCAUUAGGUGAUGAACAAAAAGAUUCCAAAGAAGAGGGGUAUAGUGGUUCCAAUUCUUCAGAAGAUUCUGACACUGGUCAUCCUAAGACACAGGGCAUAAAAUUGCCCAUGGAGAGACGAAGUUAUUAUGAACAUACAGACAAGUACAGAAAGACUCUGAGGCUGUCUUCUGAUCAAAUUUCUCGCUUGAAACUCCAUGAAGGUGGAAAUGAAGUGGUGUUCAGUGUGACAACAGCCUAUCAAGGGACAACACGCUGCAAAUGUCAUAUAUAUAAAUGGCGUUUUGAUGAUAAAAUUGUUAUUUCAGAUAUAGAUGGCACAAUCACCAAGUCUGAUGUCCUUGGUCAUAUUUUGCCAAUUGUGGGUAAGGACUGGGCUCAGAGUGGUGUUGCUCAGUUAUUUACAAAAAUUAAAAAUAAUGGUUAUAAACUGUUGUAUUUAUCAGCAAGAGCUAUUGGUCAAGCUCGUGUAACACGAGAAUAUUUAAAGUCUAUCAAACAAGGUGAUUUGUCUCUUCCUGAUGGACCCCUUCUUCUCAAUCCAACUAGUCUUCUUAGUGCUUUCCAUAGGGAAGUGAUUGAAAAGAAGCCAGAAGAAUUUAAGAUAUCUUGUUUAAGAGACAUCCAAGCUCUUUUUCCCGAGGAUAGUAAACCAUUCUAUGCAGGAUAUGGCAAUCGAAUUAAUGAUGUUUGGGCUUAUAGAGCUGUAGGCAUUCCCAUAUUCCGAAUUUUUACCAUUAAUCAUCGUGGAGAAUUGAAACAUGAGCUGACGCAGACAUUCCAGUCCUCUUAUUCUGGGCAAAGUUGUAUCGUGAAUGAUUUGUUCCCACCAAUCUUGAUGUAUUAAGAACAUUGAGACAAAUCAUUCUUCUACCAUCUCAACUGGCUCAUAGUGGAUUAGUUCACCUAUUUAACUAAACUGCAGAAUUCUGCUUGUAUGGUUAGGGCAACAAAAUAUCCUGUUAGCUGCCACUUGGUAUUCCAACAUGAGCUACAUAGUGGAUCAGAUGUUUCCGCCUCCUCCUGAAGAUGCAUCAGAAGAUUUCACUAAUUUCAUUUAUUGGAGAGACCCUAUUCCAGAAAUAGAUGUUGAUGUCACUCUUGAAGCAGAUAUCCAAAGUGCAACAGCUGGGGCACAGGUUUCGACAUCAGUUGUAACUUCUGCAUAACUGUGGUAUGAAACCUGCCAAAUAUUGCCUUUCAAGAAAAUUGCACUAGCUUAUGUAGGUAUCACUUUUGUGUAAUUCCAAAUAUUCUAUUAGAUUAUUGAGUUAGUAAUGACAGCUGAGAAUGCUUUUUUUUGGAUGUAUUUAAUUGUUAGAAGCUUUUGUGGUCUGUAUUGAAUGAUACAAUGCUGUGUGUCAGAAAGUAUUUAAGAGAUCAGGAAUUUUGGUGUGCUGAUAGUCAUAUUUAAGACUUUGUGUACAUAUGUCUCUUUUUAUAAUUUAUUUUUUACUGUGUUCCUAUGUAUUUGUUUAAAAAUAUUGCUCUUAUAAUAUAAUUUAUAGUACAAAUUAUCAUUUACAAUUUUUAUAAGUGUUGAUGUUAGAGGAAAAGUGUGUUAGUUACUCAUUAUUCUCAUUAUUCUGGGUAUUUUUUUAUUACUGCUGUGUAACAAACUCCUGUGUAGUUUGGUGGUGCUGUUUAUUGUCGGAGAUGAUAAUUUGUCUUUGUUAAGCAAUGACUGAAAGUAGGAAAUAGUAAUGUGAAAAGGAAGUUAAACUUUCGACAAUUCAUACUUCUCUAUUUUCUGGUUAUUGACUGGUUCCGAGGUAGCUCUUUUUAUUAGAAUAAAAACUUGUAAUGAAAUAUAUUUCCUUAUAAGUAAUUUAAAUAGUUAUUUGCAAUAUGUUUGUGUAAUUUAUAUGUAGAAACAUAUAGCAAAAUAACUGACUACUUUUGCUUUGUUGAACUCUUUAUUUUUUUUCUUCUUCUUUUUCUCUCAAUUGAAAAGCUCAAAAUAGGUUAGAUUAGAACAGUGAAACUAUGCAUGCCAGUGACUAGAUAUCAGCUCUGAUGUCUAAGAUUGAUUUGCUAAAUACCUCUUUGGAAUAUAUUUUGUAUGUGUGUGAAUGACAGAGGGAUCUCUACUUGACUAUUUUGUAUUAUUCACAAUUUUUGUAAGUUACAAUGUACAAUGCAACAAUGAACAAUUAUCAUUUAUAGAUUUAUUUAUGUUUUUGUAUAUAAGUGAUUUAGUUUGUGGAAUGUUUAAAUUACAUAAGAAUUAAUCUUGCUAAUUGUUUUCUCAUUAAAUAUUGAAUAAAUAUUAUUCACAAUUUAUAAAUUAAUUUUUAAAAGUACAUCUAAUUUGUACAGGAAAUAAAUUUAUUGGAGUAAACUCGUGUUAGGUUAAAAUAGAGUUUAUGUACCAUAAUUAACAUAAUCUCAGACAGGCAAAUGAAAUUGGGUAUGUGUAUUUUUGUGCUGGAGAAUUCAUAGUUUGGUUUAAAAUGUUUAACCUCUGCCAGUUCUGUAGUAUUGAUGUGCAUCAUAAGUUAGUUUUGAAGCACUUCAUUUUUAGUACUGCCAGAUAGCCACAGAACUGACUUUUUGAUCUCAUGUGAUUUACUGAGUGUUAGAUCAGGAGAGUUAUCUAUUAAGAAAGCUAUUUGUAGAUUGUAGUAAAUUUCAAGCUCUCUAGAACUUCAAAAGUCGUUGAUUUUAACUGUUCCACAUCAGGAAUGAGAGCCAAUAGAUUCUUUCAGUAUUUCACCAAAUAUUGUAAAAUGUUUAUUUCUACUUACAAAUUACAACCACACUCUAAACUGUAUUAAAUUAUAUUUUAUUUAUCUGUUGAUAUUUUUAUGCAGAAGCUUAUGCUUCAGAAUUUCCUGUGAUAUUUUGCUGUAAUCCUUUUUUGUUCUAAUAAAGUACCGAAGCAGCUUCUAAACUAAU